AUGAUUUUACUUCUACCACUGCUGGGCCUAUUGGCCUUGAGGAACCGCGGAGCUCGUGCGGAAUGGACAAGCCCAUUAGUGUAUCCUUCUCCCCAAGGAUAUGGUGCAGCCGACUGGGCUCAAGCAUACAGCAAAGCCCAGAGUCUCGUAGCGAAAAUGACCCUCGAGGAGAUGAACAACAUCACGCUAGGAGUUUCGACUGCUAACACAGGCUGCGUUGGACUUUCGGGAUCAGUUCCUCGAGUAGGGUUCCCAGGUCUUUGCCUUCAUGAUGCUGGUAAUGGUGUGCGCGACACAGAUGGAGUUUACGCCUACGCGUCCGGACUCCACAUAGGAGCAACGUGGAACGCGAGCCUUGCCUAUGAUCGUGCAUUCUACAUGGGUGCCGAGUUCCGCAGAAAGGGCGUCAACGUUGCUCUGGGCCCGGUCGUGGGUCCCGUCGGUCGACUAGCAACGAACGGACGGAACUGGGAAGCGUUCGCCUCGGACCCAUACCUAAACGGCAUACUCGGAGCCCAGAGCGUGCUUGGACUCCAGAAAAGUGUCAUUGCGAGCAUCAAGCACUUUGUCGCUUACGAGCAGGAGACGAACCGCAACCCGAUCACGAACGGCCAUGACGGCGUUGUUCACAGCACGUCGGCCAACUUGGACGAUAAGACUAUGCACGAAUUGUAUGUCUGGCCUUUCCAAGAUCUCAUCUAUGCUGGAGCUGGCAGUGUCAUGUGUAGCUACAACCGCAUCAACAACACGUACGCCUGCGAGAACAGCAAGGCCAUGAAUGGCAUUCUAAAGGGCGAAUUGAACUUCCAGGGCUUCGUGGUCAGUGAUUGGGCCGGUCAGCACAGCAGUCUACCAUCUGCCAAUGCCGGUCUCGAUAUGGCAAUGCCAAACUCGCAAUAUUGGGACAAAGACCAACUUGCGCGAGCGGUGGACAGUCAAACUAUGAAUCGGACACGACUUGUUGACAUGGCGACUCGUGUCGUUGCUACAUGGUACCAAUUCGGCCAGGAUGAUACAUUAUUUCCUAGCACGGGUGUUGGGAUGGCGAAAGAUCUACUCGCGCCGCACACGUUUGUAGAUGCUAGAGAUCCUGCGUCGAAGCCUUCUUUGCUUGAUCAAGCGAUUCAGGGCCAUGUUCUAGUCAAGAACGUCAACAAUAGCUUGCCUCUCAAGUCACCAAAAGUUUUGUCAGUAUUUGGCUACGAUGCCGUGGCGCAGACCAGUUUCGAUCCAGGCGAAGGUACAUUUGCGCAAAAUUGGGAAGCCAUUGGAUUGCAGCAGCAGCAAUUUCAGGAUCUUGCAUCAAAUUCGCCAGUCUCAAGUGCGCCCAGUCGAUUCAUGGGGACUCUCAUCGUUGGCGGUGGCUCUGGAUCCAACACCCCUUCAUAUAUCAGCACACCUUUUGAAGCACUUCAGCAGCGAGCUUACCAGGACGAUACUGUCCUCUUCCAUGACUUCACAUCCACUGAUCCAGGCGUCGUGGCAACAUCAGACGCUUGUCUCGUCUUCAUUAAUGAAUACGCUUCGGAAGCCUGGGACAGGCCUGGCCUGGCAGACCAAGAGAGCGAUCAACUUGUCAAAAAUGUUGCGGCACACUGUCGCAACACCAUUGUGGUCAUCCACAACGCCGGGACGCGGCUGGUCGAUGCGUGGAUCGACAACAAGAACGUGACUGCGGUCAUCUUUGCCCACUUGCCAGGACAAGAAGCCUGGCGAUCAGUGGUCCAGCUCCUCUACGGAGAUUCGAGCCCUUCUGGGCGAUUGCCAUACACCGUGGCGAAGAAAGCAUCGGAUUACGGAAGUUUGCUGACGGCUUGUCAAGCCCAAGGCUCGAACUCACCGCAAUGCGACUUCGACGAGGGCGUGAACAUCGACUAUCGCAGCUUCCUGGCUCGCGGUGUUACGCCGCGCUUCGCGUUCGGGUACGGAUUGACGUAUAGCUCGUUUGAAUACUCCAAUCUGCAGAUGAGCAUCAAUGCUACCGCAACGCCGUCCAACGCUCGAUCUGCUCCAGUCUACACGAAUGGAACCACUGGCCAAAACCAAAACAACGCACUGGUGGGUGUUGCCGGCCUGACGUCCCUGUUCGACAACGUGGGCAUGAUUACCGCCAUGAUCUCCAACACAGGUGGUAUCUCGGCGGCAGAAGUCGCGCAGCUGUACAUUCAAUUACCUGCCAGCAGUACGAGCUCCGGAUCGGCGGCCACGAGGGUCCUGCGAGGGUUCAACAAGGUCACCGUCCAACCUGGUAGCUCGGCACAGGUCUCAUUCCAGCUCCGCCGCAAGGACGUCAGCUUCUGGGAUACAGUCUCGCAAUCUUGGGUUAUCCCCAGUGGUCAAUUCCUGGUCUUCGUAGGCAAGAGUGUUCUAGACACGCCGCUGACAGGCAGUUUCACGACGACAUGA